UGCUAGAGGAGAGAGGGGAGGGAGAGAAAGUUUUUUCCCUGAAAGUUUGUGCAAGCUUUCACUUUCUAGGCGGGGUUACUGUAAGCUGCAGCAGCAUGGAGUGAGAGAAACAGGACGGCGAGCGAUUGCAAUGCAGCACUGUAUACCGAGCUUCCAUCCAACUUAAAUAAGCUCUCCAGUUCUCCUUUUCUAAAAAAACCAAUUCAUAAUAACCAUGUACUCCCCGUACUGCUUGACACAGUAUUACCCUACUCACCUUCUAAACAAUGCCUUAGUGGAUGAAUUUCAUCCCUUCAUUGAGGCCCUCCUCCCCCAUGUCCGUGCCUUCUCCUACACCUGGUUCAACCUGCAGGCUCGCAAGCGCAAGUACUUCAAGAAGCACGAGAAGAGGAUGACCAAGGACGAAGAGCGCGCGGUGAAGGACGAGCUGCUGGGCGAGAAGCCGGAGAUCAAGCAGAAGUGGGCCUCGCGCCUGCUGGCCAAGCUCCGCAAGGACAUCCGGCCCGAGUUCCGCGAGGACUUUGUGCUUACCAUCACGGGGAAGAAGGCGCCCUGCUGCGUGCUGUCCAACCCCGACCAGAAGGGCAAGAUCCGCCGCAUCGACUGCCUCCGCCAGGCCGACAAGGUGUGGCGGCUGGACCUGGUCAUGGUCAUCCUGUUCAAGGGCAGCCCCCUGGAGAGCACGGACGGCGAGCGGCUGGUCAAGUCGCCCCAGUGCUCCAACCACGGCCUGUGUGUCCAGCCGCACCACAUCGGAGUGACCGUCAAGGAGCUGGACCUUUACCUGGCCUACUUCGUCCACACACCAGAACAAUCAGGACAAUCAGACAACUCAAACCAGCAAGGAGACACAGACGUCAAGCCCCCACCAAAUGGCCACUUGAGUUUCCAGGACUGCUUUGUGACUUCAGGGGUGUGGAACGUAGCCGAGCUGGUCCGCGUUUCGCAGACCCCGGUUGCUACAGCGACCGGCCCCAUCUCCCUGGCUGACCUGGACAGCCCCGGCUACUAUAACAUCAACCAGGUGACCCUGGGACGGCGCUCCAUCACCUCCACCCCCUCCACCAGGACUGAAAUGGAGCUUUAUGCAAGUCUCCCACGGAGCUCCAACAAGCGCAAGUCCAUUGACGACAGUGAGAUGGAGAGCCCGGUGGACGAUGUCUUCUACUCGGGCCGUUCCCCGGCGGCGGGCAGCAGCUCCCAGUCCAGCGGUUGGCCUAAUGAUGUGGAUGCAGUGCAACACCAUUUGGCCAGUGUGCAGGAGAGGAAGAUUAAGCAUGAGAGCGAUGGAGUGCAGUUUCCUUACCAUGGACUCUCAUCGCCUGGUUCUCUUAAGAAGCCGGGGAAAUUCGAUUUCAGCGCCCUGUCCUCCCAGACGAGGUCCCCCCGCAUGGCGUUCACCCACCACCCACUGCCAAUGCUGGCGGGAGUGAGACCAGGGAGUCCCCGUGCUUCAGCCUCGGCCUUGCACUUCCCGUCUCCCUCCAUCAUUCAGCAGUCUAGCCCAUACUUCACCCACCCAACCAUCCGCUACCACCACCACCCUGGACAGGACCCCCUGAAGGAAUUUGUGCAGUUUGUCUGUGCUGAUGGCUCGGGGCAGGCCGGCGGACAGCCAAACGGGAGCGGCCAGAGCAAAAUGCCAGGCUCCUUCUUGCUGCCUCCACCUCCCCCAGUGGCCCGCCCAGUGCCCCUCCCUAUGCCCGACUCUAAACCCAACAGCACGCCCCCUGACGGCGGACUCUCCUCGCCCGCAUCUCCGUCAUACUCCACGCCAGGCGCCACAGCUUCCAACAGGUUUGUCGGCAUCGGAUCACGGGACAACAACUUUCUGAACAUCCCGCAGCAGACGCAGUCUUGGUUCCUCUGACAAGAUCUGUGUACAAACCAGCAACUAGAAUUCUUUCUUUACAAUCGGAAAUAGAAAAACAGAGAAACAACCCGCAGGAUGAUAAUCGUCCUCCAACCAAUCGACCCACCGACCGGCCCUGACAGUACUUCUCAACCUGAUAACAAAAUAUAAUCGAGCAACGCAGGAAAUUCCAGCAGCAUGACGCUUUUUAGAGGAACUCUGGACUCAUUUAUCCAGUCAGAGGGAGGACCCGUCUCGAGCAGAAAGAUGGAUCGAUGGAAAGAUGAAUGGAUGGACAAGAGGAUGCCCAGGAUAAAGAAGGGGUAAGGGGACAAACAGCAGCAAGCAGGUCUCUCCUAAAAAACAACCACCACCGAACCAGCAGCAACGCAGGAGGAACCGGAGGAAGGGGGGAAAAGCGGUCAACUGUCUCCUACAUUCGUGAGGACGCAUUAUGUUAUGAAUGGCUAAGAAAAUCAACUGUCUAACAAAAACAAAAUCAGGUUCCCAUGACACAGAUGUUAUAUAUAAGCUACACAAAUCCAUUUGGUUUCCAAUGAAAGCUGCAGUCCACGCUCCUGUGAUGUCUCAUCACCCGAAACAAAACAAAAAAUCCAAUCGACCAUUGAGUCUCUUUGAGUGACCAUUGACUACAAAGUCCCCUUUUUAUUUACCCUGCUACUAACUAGAGAGACAUCAUGCCAAAACAUAUCUUGAUUAAGGGUUGCACUAGAAGUUGAAUCAAUUAACACUAAUCGUAACUAUGUGCACUAUUUACCUACAAGGCAUGGGAGGUAAACCAGACUUGCCUAUUGAGAGUUUUAAAGAGAAAAAAAA